UCAGGGUAGAUUAUUUAUUGAAAACAGAAAAAUGGCAGAAACCGAAAAUUUGUUGGUGACUGAUGGUGCUAAUAUGGAAAAUAUCAGACAGCGGGUGCAAAGAAAAAUUGCUGGGGCUUAUUUAGAGGCUAUAGACCCAGAUGCACUAGACAGUGAGAAGCCUAAUGAAAAAUAUACUUUAAGUCAGAAUAUGGACAGUAAGACACAGGAAAAGUUUGAGAAAAAGUUUGAAAAAUACAGAACUAAAGACUAUCCAUACAGCAUACAGAAUAUCUUAUGGUUCAUAGGUUCUAUUGCAUUGUUUUACUACACAGAUUUUUAUGUUGCAGUGCGCUAUGAUCCCAGGGUGAAUAGAUUAUGGUUCAACAUUGGUGCCAUUUUGAUUUUGAUCAAUGUUGGAAUAGCAGGCUUCCUAAUUGUUUAUUUGUCCUGGAUAAAGAAAAUGAGUUCUGAUGAUUGGGAAAAGACUUGUCCUGCAGCAAUACCGAUAGCUACUGGAGCAUUUAUAAUGGGAGGAGUGUGUGUUACAGUUGGAUUGUGGCCAGUAUGGAGUAUUUUCACCCCAUUUAUGUUAUUUACAUUUUUCAUGGGUUUUGUUGUGACGGUGGCAAUGAUACCUAAUUUUUGAUGACAUCAUAAACAGGCUCAAUGAAGACACAGCAUGACAAUAGAAGUGUUAAAGAUUUUAUCCUAAUUCUGUGUUGUUUUGAUCAAUUUUAUCUUUUUUAUUUGUUAAAAAUUGCAUCAAUUGAUUAAUUCGCUGUAAACCAACUGCAUGAUUCCAGGAUAAUUUUUGAUUGCAAAAUGUAUUAGUUCUUACUAUUUAGAUUAGAGUAUGAGGGUUUUACAUAUGAUAAAGGACAAAAUCAGCAUUAAUAAAUGUUUGGGAUGGUUGUUUGUAUGUUUUUUUGGGUUAUAUUUUUUUUUUUUUGCUUGGGGUAGUUAGACAUCUUUCUUUGAUAAUGACAGAAAAACAUUGUGCCUUUCAGACUUUUUUGGUGACUCCUGAAAAUCUGCAUGUAUUAGGCGUGAAGAAUUCAAAUCAAAACCUUAAGUUUAUACAGAAUGAUCCUUAGUUACAGUGGAGAAUUAAGUUUAAGGGCUGAUAUUUUGAUCUUUUCUAUAGAUAUUAGGACUUUGUCCUCCAGUAAUAUUGAUAAUUGGCAUAAGUCUCCCAACAAAUACCAAAUAGAUUAAUACAUGAACCAUUUGUUCAACAUUUAAUGCUUGUUCCAAUCAAAACAUAAUUUGUCCAGUAUGAACUUUGAUUUUUUAAUUGGAAAUUUUGUCUGAUUCCUUUAUCAUUUCUCAAUUUAAUUAUAAAGAUGAGAAAUUAAUAGAAAUUUUGUUUACCUAAUUUCUUGCAGGUUUUCAGCUCAUUAUUCAUUUUUAGCUCAUGGUAUUUUAAGAUGAGCUUUGAAGAAUGUUUUGAGAAUAGAUUUAAAUUAUGGAUAUGAAACAACUGGACUUUGAAAAAUAAAGUUCUACUGAUUAGUUGCAAGAGAAUAGAAUAAUAAUAACUUGGUUUGCACUUUAUAACGAUUUAUUUUCAAAUUUGAAUAUCACAUUGAUUUACAGUAAUUGUUGACUCGUUUCUAAUUUAUAUUAUUUUCAUUCCUUUUAUUACAUUUUUUAUCAUGCCUUUAUUAAUUAUCACCAUUUUUUUAUGCUAUUUUUGGGGAGGCAGACAAUCAUAUUAAUUUGUGUUCCAUUGGGUUUUUUUGGUGUUUUUUUACGUUUAAUUUUUUUUUUUGAUAGUCUGUUUACAUCCAUAAAGUAAAAUACUCAGUUUUCAGUCUAACUGAACUCUGCCAAUAGUCCAAAUAUUUAAACUCAUGCACUGACCUAUUUAUAUUUAUUAUUUUACUUUUCUUCUUACCUUAAUACUUCAUGCCAGUAGCCAGAAUGUUUCUGAGGGGAUUAUUUGGGGACAAGAUGCUAGUCGAACUUACAUUAAUAGCAUUUAAUUUUCAGAUUCAGGUCAAAACCCUCUGGCUACAGUUGUGUACUGAUCAGGGAUAAAUUUUCAGUGGUAGUAUUCUUGUCACUGAAACUUAAUAAGAUGUAAUAUUGCUUGAAGCUUAAAACAUUACUGUAAUGUUUUAGUCUGUUUAAGGUGGUACCAAACACCUUCACUAAAAUUAAUUUGGCUCGUUUAAUUUUCAUAAAAUUUUGACAAAAUAUUUGCUUUGACCCUUUGGCAAAAAUGUAAAAAAUUUUAAAAAUUUGAACCACACCCUUUAUCGGAAAAAUUUCAUUGGAUAUAAAGCAGUUUGACAAACACUAAUUUUGAUCAUUGAGAAGCUUAAUGUUACCUUAACAAUAGAACGUGAUUAAAACGUUCACCUGAUUUUUACAGAGUUAUCUCCCUGUAGUGUUAGGUACCACCUUAACUAGCUUUUUGAAUUAAGAAAUCCUAAGUUAUUCUUUCUGUGUUGAUUUUACACCACAACUAUAUUCAAUGGAUUGAUCUUAUCAUUGCAAUAUUAAUGCUGAUCUACAAUUAAAAUUCUUAUCUUUCUAUAUUUGCUAAGGCAGUUAUAAAAAGUACAUGAAUUUUAUUCAGAAUUUAAUUAAAUAUUUUUUGUAAAUAGAUGAGUAAUAUUAUGGUAAUUUCAUCUGAUUCUUUCAGCUAUUUAUAGAUAUACAUUGUAAUAUUAGAACUGUAUGACAAAAUGUUAACUCAUUUGUCCAGUACUUAGAAUAUCACUUUUGGUGCUAAAUAUUUUUAAAUCAAGCUUAUUUUCUUUCUCCAAAGACAAUAUCAUAUCUGACCAAGAGUAAAAUUAUUUAUAUUUAAAUGGAUUUUAGGUCAUAGUUCUGAGAUGGUUCUUUUUUCUGAAUCAAUCUCGUUUUACAUACACCAGUCAUGUGAUUAUGUCAGAAAAUUAGGCUCAACAACAGUCUGCAUGAAAUAUUAACCUAUGGUUAAUGUCACCUGAGUUGGUCAAAUUAGUAAAGUGUGGUUGAGUUUUUUAAAUGGAAAUCUGUCAAAUCUUUCUGUUACCAAAUUUGGCUGUUAGAAAGACUUGGCAGAUGCAUAGAAAAAUUACAUCUGAUGCAACUUUUGAAACAACCACUAACCCCAUAUAUCUGUAUCAAAAUCACCAUACAUUGAAAAGUACUGUAGACACACACAACUUUGAGUGAUGUUUAAAAGUAGGCAGUGUAAAAUUUUUAUUAUUUUAGCAUUGAAAUGAUGUAUAUAAGUGUAAACUUGACAUGUUACUUAGUACCACUUUGCGUGAAAGGAAUAUUCUAGAGUAUAUGAACAAAAAGUUAAAGUAGUUAUAAUGUGUAAAAGUGAAAUAAGGUGUAUUCAUUUCUCUUGUAUUUUAAGUGCCAGUAAAAACAUGGAAAAAUAAUUAAUACCUGUCAAAGGGAUAUUUCGUUUAUUUGUUAUGUAAAUUUUAAAUUUUUUGUUAUUAUUUAUGACAAAAAAGAAUGCUGGUUGCCUUGUUAUUAUAUUUCACUAUCGAGGUGUACCAAAAUUUAUAUGUCAGAUGGGAUACAAAACUAACAAUGCAAUUUAGACAAAAUAGUAUUUUUGUAUAUUGUAAAACCCCUAUUACCUUUUAAGAUGAUGAAAAAAAAAGCUGCUGAGAUGGAGUAAAAAAUAUUUUUCUUAAAUUAUGGAUUCUUGCUCACAAAAUUCUUUUUCUUUAAAGUAUAAAUUCUUGCUCAUGUUCUUGCUUCAUUGAGAUAUAGAGAUAGUGAUUUAACAUAUUUAGAUAGUUUUUCAAAUAGAUGGUGCAGACAUUCCUUAAUUUUAUUUAUUUUUAUACAUUUAGAAUAAAGAGUGCAUAGUUUUAGAUAAUGAUAGAUAUGUUAUUUUUCCAUAGAGAAAAUAUUUAUUAUAUAGUUAGGGCUUGAAAGCCAGACCAUGUGUGUUGUUUAUGUUGUAAUCAUUUUAUAAUCCUCAGUAUUAUUUUAUAUGUAUACAUGUAUUUAUCAUUUUAAUCAUUUCAUAUUCAGGAGCUCUUUACAGUAAGAUUCAUUCAUGUGUUAACCAAAUGAUCAAUUCGCCUUUUCAGAAUCUAUGUUUUCAAAAGUGUACACCAAAACUUUGUGAUUGGUCAAAAAGUUCUAAACAAUUAAAAUUCAACCAAUGAUUUAAUGUUAUUCUCAUUCUGGGGUAGAAACAAUCAAAUUACCCGUAAUCCUUCAGAUUCUGAUACGACAAAUUCUAGUUUAAUUUUAUCAUGCAGUAUUUGAUAAAAAUAUGUAUCAGGUAUUGAAACCAAACUUCUGAUAACAUAAUAUUUAACUGACCAGUUGCAAGGCCAUUGAUUAAUGUAUGAAUUGUUCGAGGUACAAUUUCUUCAGUUUCACAUUUCUGUAUGACAAAAAUUAAAGGGACAUAGAUAUAAAUGCAAAUAUACAAAUGUAAGUUAAUUGAGAAUUUAGAGUACAUUAUUGGGAUCUUAUGAGUGAAAGUUCAAUGUUCAAAUUUGUAUAUUACAUGAAGUUUAGUGUAUUUAAAGCUCCAACACCAACAGAUUUGCCUUGCUGGAAUAGUUAACAAUGAACAUUUUAACAAAUUUAUCAUAGGAUAAGAACUUGGUACAGAAGAUAUAACUGUAGUUGAAUUGGUUAAUCUUGAAUUGUUCUGAAUUGAGCUCAUGAGAGGAAACAGUUUAUUAAUAUUCAUUUUUGUAAUAUUUCAUUUUGAUGUAUCCUUUCAUCAGUUCAUCUGAUCAUAUUUUUUUUAUAGAGAUGGUAAAUUCCGAUUGGUCUCAUUUUUCACUUAAUUUUUGUUUUAAUUCCCAAUGUUAGUUAGUUAGUGAUUGUUGUUAUAGUUCAAAUAUAUUGAUAAAUUUAUUACAAGAUCACAGAUUACUAGAUUGUUUAUUAUGUAAAGCAAAUAUUUUGCAGCUGUUACUAAGAAAAUUAUUCCACUUAACUGAUCUUUAUCCCAAAUAGGAUGGUCUGAAUUAAAUUUAGUUUGCAGUAGAUGCAGUAUUAAUCACUUCAAAAAGAUAUUUGUCUAAUCUUUGUGCAAAAACCAUGUUAAUGUCACAACCAGAUAUGGCAAAGAGGUCACAAAUGUCAGACAGCUGAAACAAAGUCAAAUAUAUAACAAAAGUUACAAAUGACUUUUCUAACAUAGUUUGCUAAAGUUCAGCAAGAUUUGAUGAAAAGAAAUUUUCCAAGGGUAAUUUGGGCUUACCAUUUAAACAAUAGAAUAUCCAAAUUUUUAUCAACACAUGUAAGGAACAACUGUCUCUUUUGUACUUUUUCCAAAGUUGUAAUUAUUUUGAUAUGGAUGUGUUUAUUUUGUCUACGAUGAUGUAUGUUGCAGAAAGCUAACCAGUAAUAUCUGCCAACAUUACCAACAAUUUAAAAGUUU